AUGACUUCUAGUGGGGAUCGGCGAGUAGGCCCAUCGUCCGCCUUUGAGAGUACCACGUUUGAGAGGGAUGUUGAUAUCGAUUUGAACGAAGAUAUCGGUGCAGCGUCCAUCUCUCCAAGCGGACGUGACGUAGUCUUAGCUAGCCGGAAUGGCCUCCAAAUAAUAGAUCUCGACAACCCAUAUUCUCCACCGCGACAUAUUGUCAAUCGGACCAGCUGGGAUGUUGCAGAUGUCCAAUGGAGUCCCUUUGCUUCCAGGGCCGAUUGGAUUGCUUCUACUUGCAACCAGAAAGCACUAAUAUAUAACCUCGGCAUGAGUGUUACAGCUUCCAAAGCUCCUAUCGAACAUACUCUUCACGCGCACACACGUGCAAUUACCGAUAUCAACUUCUCGGCUCACCAUCCGGAUCUACUAGCGACUUGUGCUGUUGACAGCUUCGUCUACACCUGGGAUCUCCGAACCGAUCGCAAAGUUGCAAGUUCCUUUUCUCAAUUUCGAUCUCAGGGCCCGAUCACAAGCUUUGCGGACUUUAACGCAGGCGCUACCCAGGUCAAAUGGAAUCGGAAGGACGACAACAUCAUCGCCUCAUCACAUGACCGCUUCUUACGGAUUUGGGACAGGCGGCAUGGUGCGAAGCCGGUCAUAACCAUCGAUGCCCACCUUACAAAGAUAUAUGGAAUCGAUUGGCACCGGUCGGACGCAACCAAGAUUCUUACGUGCUCCUUAGACAAAACCAUCCGGCUCUGGGACCUUUCCGUUGUCAACUCGGACGCUACCCUCAACUACCCCUGUCGUGCAAUACACACCGACUAUCCGGUUUGGCGUGCGCGGCAUACUCCAUUCCCAAACGGUAUCCUCGCGAUGCCCCAGCGUGGAAGCGCCGCUCUUCAUCUAUAUACCCAUGCGGCAGGCGGUCCCGCAAACGUCCCAGUAACUACCCCGCCGGUACAUCUAUUCAAAGCUCAUGACGACGAUGCCCGUGUACAGGAGUUCUUGUGGCGGUCACGCGGAACACUGGACGAUGGCAUCGACAAUCGCGAAUUCCAGCUAGUUUCAUGGGGCUCUGAUCAACACCUUCAUCUCCACAAAAUCUCUCCGGAUUUGCUAUCCAAUCUUGUAGGCUUCAGGAAAGGGGACAAAUUGAAGGAGGGGCCUGCCAUGACUCGAGUCGGCGCUCCAUACGUUACCUACCGCGAUGAUCCUCCGAUUACGCCACUGGCGCCGCGGCCAGAUGUUACUGGCGAUCGGCCUCAACCCCGAGGCGGUUUGAGCUCGCUCUUACGGAAUGUUAGUCUAGCAGGCCGCAUCACGACCUCAUCCUUUCAGAAUGGAGAGCGUUCUACCAUGACUGCAGGGCGGGUGGGUCGGGAUGGCACCUGUCGUGUCAAGACCCACAUCCAAUGGAUGGAUGGGGUCAAGGUCGGCGAACGGCAAGCGGAUGCCAAUGGCAACGCUUACGCAGCCCCUACCCUCCCACACGACCAGCACUCAUGGACGGUUCGUAACGAUCUCGCUACUGAGAUCUCAAACGUUGGCAAUCGGUACAGCAAAGUGACAUUUGAAGAUGUGGACAUUGCUCGUCGCCGGAUUACUGUGGCUUUCUACGGUCCUUGGGGAGAAGAGGAGACUACCGAAGAGAAGAAAGGCGAAAGGAAAUUGGUCUAUCUUCGGUUCAUCAUCAAGUUUCCGGACGCGUACCCCGGAAUCGUAGAGCUUCCCGACGAGAAUGGUGACUGUAUCCAACAACCUCUCCCGAUCGAUAUAGAAUUCGAAAAGACUAUCGCAGCUAUCAGUGGGGACACAGCGAGGCAUCUGAGGGAGGACAUGCAAUCGAUCGCAUAUCACUACGCAAUGCAGGGUCGUGAAUCUCUCGAGGCUGUGAUCUGUUUUGGCCUGGGCGAACGUAGUCUUGAGGAGAGUAUGACUAUACCCCAAGAGCCUGGAGAUCCUAAAGGUCCUAGCAUACCGAAUCUAGAGGAAGUGGUGGAAGCGGAGAGCUCCAGUGAGGACGACGAUGAUGAGGGUAUCGAUCAUGAAAAUAUGAACUCCUCUUUAACAAAUACUAAUAUUCCUGUACCUGUUCAGUCUUCUAUUCGUUUCGCAACAUCCGGCUCUCUAGUAGUGGUCCGGCUCCCGUAUACGAACGGACACUUGUCACAAACCGCACCGAUUCGGUUAACAAACCUUCCGCGCCGAGCACUGACGAGGAAUGAGAUCUUCGAAUCUUUCGGCCGGUUUACAACUUCCCACGGUAAUCAUGGCCAUGAUUCUGAAGAUGAUUCCGAUUCUGCCGUUGGUUCUCUAGGAUCCUGGGAAUCUUCUUCUUCGCCUUCUUCAUCCUCUGGCUCGGAUAAUGAAGCAGGCGCACCUCUUGGGAGGUUCCAACCCCCCAUGGCUUGGCAAAAGGCCACCCUACGGUUUCAAACGAGGGCUUCUGUACCAUCGUCUGGGAGCGCUGCGAAGCCAAUCCAAUCGACCGGGAAGUCAGUGGUGUCAAUCCUGAGUUCUGCGGUGGAGGAGUUUGUCCCUAGCAAACGAUGUCUUGCUGAAGAAUAUGAAGUAUUUGGCGAUGGGCCUAGUGUUUGCGUUCAUAAUGCGGCAGUCGCGAGGAGGCAUGGCUUUGAAGAUUUGGCAGAUGUCUGGGAGCUUUGCAGACUCAUACUGAAUAAUGAAGUCCCCUUGGAAAUUCUCCCGCAACAACAUAGACGGGAACAGGUGUUAGUAUUGGCCAGACGAGCACUGGUAAGAAUUAAGCGUAAGGACAGUGGCCUGGACCUCCAAUUCGAUGAGGCAGAUACCGUCACGAACCCCAAGUUAAAAGGGAGAAUUAAAUGGGGGCAUCACUCAGUUGUUUCCUGGCUUAUCCCUGCGAUCUUCGAUCAUUUCGAGCGAACGGCUGACAUUCAAAUGCUAGCGAUGCUGUCGUGCAUUUUCUCAGAGCCGGCGGCCCGUGAAGGAGUCACCAGCGCAAUGGCCAAGAUGCGGCAGUCGAGUCUACCCAUGUCGAUGGAGGCCCCGGCGUUUUCACUGGACUAUUUUUCUUCGGCGGACGCAGCGUGGAGCUUGUUUAAACCAACGCUCUCCUUUCCAUCGACGCCUGUGUAUUCACGGUAUGCGACACCAGUGAAUGAAUUCGGUUGGCACCGGCUCACAAAGAACCUCGACACGUAUGGAUCACAUGGUUCCUCGAAUGGUCCCUGGGGUAUUGAUGUCCUUUUCCCAUCUGAGCCCGUAACACCGUACUCAACGGGCGACACUCCGCCAAAUCUUUCACGGGUGCCCAUGCUGCGGUCCAUCCCGAGCCACACACCCUACUCGACGUCGCCGGAGCAACCGCAAAUAGUGAAGAAAUCCACGUCCACGAACUUCGCUAGUGCAUUUGCUUCGUUGUCACGGCCGUUCCAAAAUGCGGUUCCAUCAUCGCCUCCAGUGAAGAGUCGAAACGAAGGUGAUUUAUCGACGUCAGCGCCAACCAGCGGAGUCACUUGGGGCACAACAACGUUCUAUAGUAGCGGCAGCAACGAGCAGCGGAAUUCCGGGCCUUCACGUACGACGAAACACGGAAAACGUGCCAGCUUCGGUCAAGCGGAUCAGGUCAAUGUCGACUAUUACUCUGACUCUGACUCAGAGUACAACGAUGUUAGACCUACCCAUGACAGCGCAUCAGAGUAUACAGCACCCCUCACACUACGGGAUGAAGAGGACGAUGGUAUGAGCAUCAAAGUAUCUCUCAAGAACCAAGACAAAUUCGACGAUGAAGCGUGCGUGAGCGCCCCUCUCCUCGAUCUAACCAAAGGAUGGUUAUAUCGCGCGUGGCGAGAUCAAUACGCCGAAAUGCUCAGUUGCUGGGGCAUCAUCACCAAACGAGCCGAAGUCCUCAAAUUCAACGGAUUGAUAUCAUACUUCCCACCGGAUUCCGGCUGUUCCUCGAAAGCCGGAUCCAUGCACCUUGCAUUGAAAGGCGCGGAAGGAGAUCACCACUCUGGCCAAAAUUCGGCGCCAAUGUCCCGGAGUUCUACGCUUGCACCGCCACAUGGGAAUUCGCAGUUCGGUCGUUCGCAGCCUGCAUCUCCAAGGAGUUUUUGGUUUAAUCCAGAAGCUGUUGAAUUCCAGCCUAAGAUGAGUAUGCAGUCACCGAACCUGGGAAAUGAACCGGAUAUGCCGAUUCCGCCAGAUGUGUUUCUUGGCUCGGAACAAUACCUGCGUCUCUCGAUCCCCGAGCCCGUGGACAAGGAUAGCGGGGAGGCUAGCGGGUUUCCCACAUUAAGCUUCGAUGGGGCGGCGGAGAGUAAACUUAAACCACAGCAAUUUCAGCAGCAGCAGCAACAACAGCAACAACAACAACAACAACAACCAAGCUUCAACCGCUCAAUCUCAAACAUCUCCCGCGUCGGUGCAGCGAGUCGGGAGAAGAACAACAGCAACAAGAAAACUGUCGUCUAUUCCUGCAGUAUAUGCUGGAUCCGCGUCUCCGGCCGCUUCUACCUCUGUCCCGGAUGCGGCCACAUUGCGCAUUUCGAAUGCCUUCCACCUCUCAAAUCCAUCUCCCGCGCCAACUCCUCCUUCGACUGGGGCAUCGAUGACACUGUUAGUGAUAGUGAGUGUGUUGUCGGCUGUGGCUGUGGCUGCGGGCUUGACGAUGGCGGCGAUGACGAUGGUGAUAGGAGUGCGGAAGGAGAGGGGGAGUAUAGAGGAGGGUGGAGUGAGCGUGGGGGAUGGAUGCCUGUGUUCGAGGAUCCGAUGAGUAGGAGGCAGAGUGCGGUGCCUGUGGAGAAUGAGAGAAAGGAACUGUAUGGGUAUGAAGGGGGUUAUGGGGAUGGGAUAGGGGUGUGGAGGGACGAUGUUGGAGUUAAAAUUGGGGAGAAGGGGAAGAGGAGGCGGAGGUUUGAGGAGGGGAUUACUUAG